GCAGAGGAUUCGUCAUCUUCUUCUUCGGAUCAACACACACGCCCAGGCUCACCAUCAGCAGGUAACAGCCCAUCAAGCAGAGCAAGGAUGGACAGCGGGGAAAACGUAAGGGCAGAUCCACCGAAGGACUCAAAAGGAGAUAUGGAUAGCGGGGAGGAUGUUAGAAUGUCACAGGACUCAGGGGAAGACACAGGAGAAUACACAGGAGAAGACACUGAAGGGGAGGAAUGGGAGGAUGCGAAGGAGGAGGAGGAACUGGAAAUGCUAGGCCAGUGGAUCAGAACGGUACACAAGCUGAAGUGGGAAAGACACGUCGAAUGUGAAGUACGUCUGGCACAUCAUAAGCAUCUACGCAACCUGAAGCAGGCUACUUCAGCUGGGGAUGAUAUUACCUCAACAAACAGAUUUAAAUGGUUGAGGAAAGAGCAGGAGGUCAAUGAGUUCUACGCAUCACAGUAUGCUUGGAAGGCCCACCCAAACAACAACGACAUUUUGGUACACAACGGGAACUACGCCAAGCAGUUCACAUGGCCCAAAACGUACCAUCCUCAGGGAUUGAAAAGGUCAGAGCAAAAAAGGAAAGCGCAGCAAGAAUCAGAAAGCCCAGCCCAAGGGACGGAGGAAAAGGAGCAGAUCGAGGAGGAGAUGAGACAAGCAGCAAUCCUGAAGGCACAAAUCAAUGUCCUCAAGGAUCAAAACACGGAAUUGGAAGAGGAUACCAUCAAUCUGCUAAAAAUAGCCUACUCUCCACAGGCUGACAUAAACGCAGCAGCCAAGCUCUUCGCAAGGCACAAUCCGRGGAGGAGAGUCAUCAUACCRUACCSMUGGAACARCGGAWACUCGGACUGGGAGGUGGCCAUACACAAGACAUUGGCCCUAAUCGUUACAAAGGACAGUCACUGCUCACAGGAAAGGCUCAAGGAACAGAUCUCAAGAGAUCUCCCGGACAUGGCUCAGGUGGUAGGAAGCCUUUCCCAAGAUCGGGAGGAGUGGGAGGACACGGCAGGUGGGAUGCAAACAGUUGACUACAGGCCCAUUCUACUCAGAAUGCAAGAGAAGGCAAAGUUGGCGGAGGGAUUAAUAUGGAUGCCUUGGCAAGUGGUGGAGGCAAUACCAUACGGACUAUUGGGAGGCACAGAGGCAGCGGAAUGGGUGGCUAGGGGAGCAGCGAUCCUCACCAAGACAGAUGUUUUCUCGGGGACGCCAGAGGGCAUGGACACUUGGUUAGCAGACGUGGCGGCUGAUUGGGAGUGGCCACAAGAGGGCUCAUCUCCUCGCAACCUGCAUUACACAGCAGGCGGAGAUCCUCGGUCUCGACACCUCGCUAGCUCACGUCCAAGACCGCCUUCAGCGGUUGGAGCAAGCUCUUCCAACACUGCCGACCGCCUCAAUGCAUUGGAGAUGGACGUCGGCUCACUCAAGGAUGGCGUGCAAUUACAGCAGACCGCGACGCAACAGUUGCAACAGCGGAUCUGCACUACCGCCACCACCUCGAGUUCAGAACCACGCGAGACAACUCCAAAGUUCGACGGGCAGGAGAUCUUCUGCGACUCAAUGAAGACAGAUCCGAUUCCAUGGUUUCGCAAGUUCGAGCUCACGCUGCAGCUCCACAACGUCAAGGAACUCAAGCACCACGCAUACUUGUACUCUCGCUCAGGAGGCGCCUGUCAGGCUUCGUUGGACAACCUGUUGUCCAAGUACGGAGUGGUAGCCAAUGACUUGCACACCAAGAUCAGUUGGGAUGAUCUGAAGGCGGCGUGGCACAAGCGGUUCCAGGUGGAGCCGCCGGAGAUCAAGGCCAUGGACAAGCUCAUGAUCUUCGAGCAAGGCGCGCUGCCGAGUACGGACUGGAUCGCCGAGUACCAACGCUUGACGUCAAUCCCAGACAUCCAGAUGGGCUUCAAAGUCAUCCGCCAUUACUUCAUCUCAAGGUCAUGUCUGGCAUUAAGCAAUGCCCUGACGACGACGGCGGAAUUGUUUGACAAGGCCAUGCAGAUCAUCGUCACGAACAAGGAGGCCAAGAACCUCCGUUCAUCUGCGUCAGGCCCGAGCAGGGACCAGCAUCGGCCAAGAGCGGCCGUGGUCGCAGCGGCAACGCCGUUUGACCAAUCCAGCGAGGCUGUGUCUGCCAGUGAAGGGGAUAGACUCGCAGCCGCCCGGGAAGACGCAGGUCUGCCCAUUGAAAGGCAACGGAAAACAGGGAAACUGAGCACCACAGAGAGUGACUCGACGACACUCUCAACGCCUUCGGAACCAGUUUCUUCGCGAGUAACCGGCCUUCAUUACGAGGCGCACGUGGAAGUCAAUAGUCCUCUUCUACUCUCUUUCGAGGACUAUGCUGCCCGGCUCGUUCCUACGCUGGGUACUCAAGCUCAAGGACAAGGAGUGUGUGCGGUUUCUUCUCCGUCCGGCAACRGCGACAUAUCGUCUUCAAGUGGUUCUUCACGGGAUUCGGCACGCGAGUUCAACAUAGAGGCAUUGGACCCGCUCACGCCUGAGGACUUUGCAUGGCUUCCUCUUCCGACCACAGGCUGUUUGCCGAGACCGCAAUGCGCAGCACUUAGCGCUAGUCUUCACACUUACUUAUCCUUCUAUGCACCACCAACUUCGCCGACGGAUGACGAAGUCGCGGUGGGGGACAUCCUGGCAUAUACUACCAAGGUGGCCCGCGAGUUUCACACGCAGCGGUACGAUGACGACAACGCACCGCUCAUGUAUGUCCGCAUUCAGGUUGGGCAAGCGUCCUGCAGCGCUUUGCUGGAUAGCGGCGCGUCUCGCAACUUCAUGAUUCAGUCCUUUAUGCAAAUGGCUGGCCUUGGCGCACAAGUUCGGAGGAAGGCAAACCCGACGGCGAUCAAGUUGGCGGAUGGAAAGACGCAACAACUUCUCGACCGUUACAUCGAGGYCGUACCGGUCUACUUCGCACCUCAUGCAUGCGAACCGGUAACAUUCGAUAUUCUCGAUACGGACUUCGACAUCAUUCUGGGAAUGCCUUGGCUUGCAAGUGCGGAUCACAGGAUCAACUUCCACCGCCGGACUCUUAGCGUUCACGACGCCUUCAGCGCGGAAGUGGCGUGUACUAUUCCUCUACCGCACCCUUCGAUCCGGUGCCAAGUGGUGACGGCCAAAUCAUUCCGGGCGACUUGCGCUUACGAGCAGCCCGAGGAGAUUGGCCUAUGUUUUCUACGGACCGUCGCGGUAGACGACUCUUCACCCACGGACUUGUCUUCGGACCCUCGUGUGGUACGGUUGCUGGACGAGUUCGCCGAUAUCUUCGAGUCACCUACCGGUGUGGUGCCGGAUCGGUCGAUCUCUCACGAGAUCAUUCUUGAGGCCGGUGCCGUGCCGCCGAGAGGUUGCAUCUAUCGGAUGAGCGAGGAGGAACUUGAGGUCCUCCGCGCACAACUCGACGAUUUGUUGGCCAAGGGUUGGAUCCGCCCUAGCAGCUCCCCAUAUGGAGCACCAGUUCUCUUCGUCAGGAAGAAGAACAAGGAUCUACGACUGUGUAUCGACUACCGCAAGCUCAACGCGCAAACCGCGGCAAUGACCAAUGAAUUACGUGCAAUGUUGGACCGGUUCGUGCUGGUCUACUUAGACGAUAUUCUCGUCUAUAGCCGGUCAUUGAAGGAUCAUCUUGGGCAUCUUCGACGAGUGUUGGAGACGCUCCGCCGCGCCAAGUACAAGGCCAACCGCGACAAGUGUGAAUUUGUCCGGCAGGGGCUGGAAUACUUGGGCCAUUUCGUCACACCGGAGGGCAUCAGUCCGCUAUCGGACAAGAUUCAGGCCGUCCAAGAGUGGCCGGAGCCUCGGAACGUCACAGAUGUCCGCUCGUUCCUCGGUCUCGCCGGCUACUAUCAGCGCUUCAUCAAAGGCUACUCAAAGAUCACGGCCCACUUGAACAAGCUUCAAUGCGAGGAUCGGCCGUUUGACUUCGGAGAGGAGGCGCGGGGAUCAUUCUUCGCUCUCAAAGCCGCGCUAUUGUCUGCGGAGGUUUUGCUGAUAUACGACCUGCUCUUGCCUACGCGCGUCACUACGGAUGCGUCAGGCUAUGGCAUUGGUGCAGUCCUCGAGCAACAUGACGGUGUGGACUGGCACCCGGUCGAAUACUUCAGCAAGAAAGUGCCCAUCGUGCAUUCCAUUGAUGAUGCAUGCAAGAAGGAGCUCCUCGCCUUCGUCCACGCGCUCAAGCGGUGGCGGCACUUCCUCCUUGGUCGAAGCCAAUUUCGCUGGGUAACGGACAACAAUCCGUUGGUCUUUUACARGACCCAAGACACYGUCAACAGCACCAUCGCUCGAUGGAUGGCUUUCAUCGACCAGUUCGACUUCUUUCCYGAUCACAUUCYCGGGAAGUCGAACCGUUUUGCGGAUGCUCUUYCACGGCGUCCGKAUCAUUGUACCGCGGUCUACUCAACCUUCGAGAUCGACGACGACCUGCGGAACAGUUUCAUCCGCGGCUACCAAGCCGACCCCGAGUUUCGCGACAAGUACGCRAAUUGCUCCUCUYCUAAUCCGGCUCCUUCUCACUACCGGAUCCAAGAGGGGUACUUGCUUGUCCACACGCGGGGGAAGGACCUUCUUUGCGUACCAAGUGAUCCUCACUUGCGUUCACGGCUUCUUGGCGAGUUGCACGAUGCUCCCGCCACCGGACACUUUGGAGUCAAUCGCACGAUUGGCCGACUUCGCCAGCGAUUUUGGUGGCCCGGCCUUCUCGGCGACGUCACACGCUAUUGUGAGGAAGCGAUUGCCAUGGACAUUACCGGCCCGUUCCCCAAGCACAAGGCCGGAGUGGAUGAGAUUCUUACGGUGGUCGACCGACUCACCAAGUUUGCCAUGUUUUUGCCUUGUCGCUAUCAUGCCAAGGCACCGGAGUUGGCCGAGGUUCUCUACGCCGGUUGGAUUCGAACCAAGGGUUACCCCAAGGAAAUCGUCUGCGACCGCGACACUCGGUUCAUGUCCGAUUUUUGGUUGGCACUCAUCAAGCGAUGGGGCUCAUCUCUCAAGCCCAGUUCAGCUCGCCACCCUCAAACCGAUGGCCAGACGGAGAGGGCGCAUCAGACCGCACAGGUUCUCCUUCGCACUCUCAUCCGCCCCGACCAGAAGGACUGGGUUGAGCGACUGCCGGAUGUCGAGUUGGCCUACAACUCAUCUAUCCACCCGGCUAUCGGGAUGUCGCCCUUUGAGUUUGAGCACGGCUCGCCGGUGACUUCACCGUUGGACACUAUUACUCCACGAACAGUCGAGAGCGACAACCAUCUUCUUUUCUUGCGUCGGAUGCAAGAGCUUCUUGUCAAGGCACGCGAUCAGAUGGCUAAGAUGCAGCAGCGCAUGAGCCAACAGGCCAAUCGCUAGCGUCUUCCUUGCCCAUUCCGCGCAGGCGACCUUGUUUGGGUUUCCGCAGCGGAAUUCAGCCUUGAAC